AUGGAGGAAAGGAUGAGUUCCGUGCUUUUGGAGACUUUCAAAGGUUCAACCCGCCGAUAUUUGAAGGAGAAAAAUGUGCGUGUAAAGAAAGAAAUGAGGUUUCUAAAGUUGAUGCGAGGAAGAGGACAAUCCAGCAGGAAACCAUAUGAUGACAAGAGAGAACAAUCUGAUUUUGGAAAGCUAAGUGGAGGAGGAACUUCUACUCCACUUAAGUGUUUCGGAUGUUGUAUUGAAGGUAAUUGUGUCGUUGAUUGUGAUAGGACUCCUGUGAUGGUCAUAAAGCACACAAGUGUAGAAUUGGCUAAAGUUCCUCACACUUCCGAUCAUGACCCAGCUGAAAGGGAAACCAAUAAGGAUGGACAAGGAGGUGAUGAGAAUACUAAUGUCACUGAGGAUGACAAUGACAUCGAAGCUUCUGAAGACAAUGAGCAUAACAAGAAUAACACUGAAACAACUACCAAUGUGGUGGAGUUAGAUGUGUAUUCCGACAACGGAUUGCUUGCCUCAUUGAAUCCAAGUGUAGCCAACACGCUAAUGACUAGAAGAAAAGGAAAAGUUGUUUCCCAAAGUUCCCCUGAAAAGAAUGCAAAAGUUAAGAGUCCUGUCAAAGACUCUCUCAAGAAGAAUAGUACUUCUGGUGGUCCUAUCAAAAGCAGAGUUGUGGCUAAGAGUGUAGGGGUUGGUCAUUCAAAAUCCUGGAGCAAGGUUGUUCCAAGGAAAAGAAAGGAGAGGGAAAUUGUUGAAUCUGAGUCUAAUGUUGAAGUGGAUGUUCAUGACAUUCCAUCAAGGAAGAAGCCUACAACCAGCAAGCUUGCUGCAAGUAUUCAUGAAGUCCAUACUGAUAAUGUGUCAUUCCAUUAUGCCUCUAGUGCCAGCCGGUGGAAAUAUAUGCUCCAAAAGAGACUAGCGGUUGAAAGUGAAUUGGCUCCAAAUGCUCUUGAAAACAAGGAAAUCUUCAAGAUAAUUCAAGAAGCUGGACUAUUGAAGACUAUUUACAAACUUCCCAAAUGCUACGAAAGGCUAGUCAAAGAAUUUGUGGUGAACCUAUCUGAAGAGUGUGGAAACAGCAAGAGCGUGGACUUCAGAAAGGUGUUUGUGAGAGGUAAGUGUGUAUCAUUCUCUCCUUUAGUGAUUAAUAACUUCUUGGAAAGAACAGAUUUAGCUCAACCUGAGCUUGAAGUAACAGACAACAAGGUUUGUCAAGUGAUCACAGCCAAGCAAGUAAAAAGCUGGCCUCUUAAAGAAAAACUAAAUGCAAGUAAGAUGAGCAUCAAGUAUGCAAUGCUUCACAAGAUAAGAGCAUCUAAUUGGGUGCCAACGAAUAAAAAAUCCACUAUCUCAGCUGUUCUUGGAAGAUUUCUGUAUAUUGUAGGAACAAAGACAAAGUUUGACUAUGGAACAUAUAUUUUUGACCAAACUAUGAAGCAUGCUGGAAGCUUCAGUGUUAAGGGCCCGGUGGCCUUUCCAUCCCUCAUGUGUGGCAUAAUUCUGAAUUAG